GGGCUGAAGUGCCCCGGCCAAAACAAAUUCAAAUAACUUUGUUCCCUGACCUCCGCUUUUUCUUAGCUCUUCUGCUGUCCUGUAUUCCCUUUUCCUGUAUUCACUCUUGUGUCCCCUCUCCCCACAAGUGCUAAAGGCACCUGGCAAUGGGCAGUGGGUGAAGUUUGCUGCUGUAUCUCCAAGAGUGUGCCAGGAGUAUUCAGUUCCUCAUCCCUCCCAAGUUCUGCAUUUCCUCACUACAGGAAGCUGCUUCGUUAAGGACCAGCUUACGCUGAUCUAUCAUGGCAUCCAACAAAUUUGUCAUUAAGUGUGGGAACUUCGCUGUCUUGGUGGAUGUUCAUAUUUUGCCUCAAGGUUCCAGUAAAGACACCAGCUGGUUUUCAGAUCAUGAGAAAGAGGAGGUCUGCAAGCUGCUGGAAGAAGUUGUUGCUUCAAGGGUCAAACACUAUUUGGAGGCACCUAAACAACGUGGACAGUGGAAACCCACGGAACAUGGAUCAUCUGGGCCUUUGUUUCUUACUGCCAACAGUUUGCACAUUACUGCCUACUUUAUGAAGAGAUGGGUUAAUCUCCGUUGUGCUCUAGGGAAACGUUAUCGUGACCUUCGUGUGUUUCCAGAGAAGUUUAUCGUGUGUGUCAGUAAACUUGACUUUGAUCCAAGUGCUUGGACAUGUGACAGUGGUGGAUUGAAAGAAGAACUUUCCAAUGGGACGUCUGAAUAUUUUACUGAAUCAGCUGAGAACAAGAAGCUUAAGCUUAGUCUGAGUGAACAAAUUAAGCAAGACAUCCUGAGAAAAAUUGUGAAGAGGACAAAACCAAGGAGAAGUAGUGCAAGCAAACCUCAAAUCAGCAAGGACUCCAAGAAAGUGUAUCUUGGCUCGGCAGACUCGCAGACAGAGAACAGAAAGAACGACUGUCAGACUUUUCUCAGUGCUCGGUCUGAUGUGAAACGUAGGAGUCCAGGCCUGCUGAAGGACUGCACAAACACAGCUGAGAGCAGCUUGGAGCUUCCUGUAUUAGAGCAGAGAAAUGAUGUUAAUCGGAGACAGCCAGAUGAUGUUCGCAGCCAGCAAAAACCUCACCCUCUGGAGUGGUUGGAGGCGAGUCUUCUAAGUGAGAACCCUCCUUGCAGCUCUGAGUCAGCACUGCCAGCUCCAAAACAAAGUCAGAGAGUGACCAAAACACAGGCUCAGCUGAAGACCUGUGGUUCAGAGGAAAAGUUGGAGCAUUUCACAAAAGUGUCCUCUGAAGGGACUCCUUUAGCUUCUAUCAAUACAGAAAUGAAUAAGCGUGAUGAUAAUUGUUUGGGUCCAUUCCUGGAGGAGAAGACACCUCUUAAUUCCAGGUUGUUUUCAAAGCAAGACAUGACAAAGACUGUGGUUGACAAGAAAUCAUUGACUUUGAGAAAAAACCCUUCCUGGUCUCUUUUUGUGAGCAACAGUGGAGUGCAGACAAGCCAAGAUGAGCCAAGCACAGCCACUGAAGAGCUGCCUGCAGUGCCAGCUUCGUGUGUAGAAAUGCACCCCAUGUCUUCAGAGAAGCUUUCCCAAAAAAGAAAAAAAGAAGUGGAAAAUGGUCUCGGGAAGUUAAAACUGCGAAGACUGAAGAAGUCAAAAUCUGAAAUACUGCCUUAAUAGCAUGGGUGAUCAGCCAAGGUUGUGCUUAAGCAAAGAGUAGGAAGCAAUUUAAAAUGAUGAAAAAUAAUAAAAAUACAAAAUCAAAAUUAGAGAACACAUUUUAAGAAAAUUUAUUUAAUCUUAGUCAUUUGGUACUGUGAUAAAGGUCAUUCUUUUAAGUCUUUAAUAAUUAGUCAUUAUUAUUGCACAAGUCAGCAUCAUAUUUAUAGAAAGAAAAAUCUCUUACAAAAUGAUAUUUACUAAGCAAAAUUUUAGAUUAAUACAUAUUCAGAGCUAGUAAAAAGUCGUAUCAGCUGGUGACAGCAGAAGUUUAAACCCCUUGUGUGAUCUGUUGGCAGCUGCAGUUAUUUGGUAUCUUGUUUGUUUCUGAACAUGUAGUUUAUUUUAGUGAUAAUUAACCCUUUCUCUAUAUUAGAAAGUUCAUGGUUUACUCACGUGAUCUUUACAACAAUAAAGCAAAUUAAGUUUAUUUCAAAUAACUCUUUAACCAGGAUUACUAGCUGGUGAUUUGAGGCCCCCUUUUUCAGAGAAGUUUCAAAAUAACUAUUAUUUCUGGUUGUGUAGUUUUGAUAUGAACAUUUAAUUCUGGCCCAUGUUGUGAAUACGAGUCAUCAUGCAUUCAGUCUUGGGGAAAAAUGAAGGUUGUUUUUAAAUAUUUAGAUGUAUAUAUUUACACCUGGAUGUGCAAACAUUGUUCCUGGGUGAAGUUCCUGUAUAAACAUGUAUACACAUCUUCAUGGAUAUGUGUUUCAAAAUCAGGCCUUGCUUGCAUGCAAGGGCAACACACUGGUUUUCAUGUGGCAGUAAUACCAGAAUUAAAUCUUAUUUUAAGAUAAAUUUUAAUUUCACAGUGCUUGUAUAUACUGCUUCUUAAAUUUAAUGCUAAUGAGCUAAGGAAAUGUACCUUUUUUAUUCCAUGCUUAUCUUUUUUAAAUGUGUAAAAUAAAUUUAUAAGCCGUUUUCUUUCAUGGUUCUUAAGAUCAGUGGGACCACAGACAUGGAAUCAGCAGUGCCCUGGCGGGCAGGAGAGCCAGCAUCGCCAGCCUGCCACAGGAGGGGAUUGUCCCCCACUCUGCUCUCACCUGGGCCAGCCUCUCCUCGAGGGUGGGGACAGUUCUGGGCACUAGAAUUUAAAAAAAGAAAGGUAUUAGAGAACAUCCAGAGGAGUGCAUGAGGAUGGUGAAGGUUUUUGAGGGGAAGCCAUGUGAGGAGUGGCUGAAGGCACUGGGUCUGUUCAGCCUGGAAAAGAGGAGACUGAGGGGAGACCUCAUUGCAGCUACUCUUUCCUUGUGAGGGGAGCGGGAGGGGAAGACACUGACCUCUUCUCCCUGGGAGCCACUGACAGGACCUGAGGAAUGGCCUGAAGUUGUGUCAGGGCAGGUUUAGGUUGGAUAUCAGGAAUAGGUUUUUCUCCCAGAAUGUGGUUGGGCAAUGAACAGGCUCCCCAUGGAAGUGACCACUGCACUAAAGAAGCAUUUGCACAAUGCUCUUAGGCACAUGGUGGGAUUGUUGGGGUGUCCUGUGCAGGGCCAGGAGCUGGACAUUGAUGAUCCCUGUGAGUCCCUUGCAGCUUAGCAUAUUCUGAGCUCUGUGAUUUUAUGUGAAGUAAUUUAGAAAAAUCUCAGUGACAUUUACCUACGACUGUGGAUCUCCUCAUUGCGGUUAAGGAGAUGAUUCACAUCCAGGAGCAUUAGAGUUGGUGGUGUAACCCAGGUCCUGAUGAGAGUUAGCAGCUCUGCAGCUGACAGCAGAACACUGCUGAUUGUAGAGCUUCCUCCUGCUGGAAAUAAUUUCUGCUCUUGCUGCAAAUGAAGAAGAUUCUGCAUGUGUCUGGAGAACAUGUUCUCUUUUUUCUUUCAGCUGUUUGGGUGAUGUUUCUCAGUGCUUUGCAGUCAGGUUGCAAAUCCUUACCCAGCUCCAGGCUCUGCUAAAAGGUCUUUCCCAGUAAAAUCAAGGCUGCAAAUAACCUGGUUUGGAGGAAGAAAAGCCUAAGAUGCCUGGGAACAUCUCUUUUUCAAAGCAGUGGUCGUGCAACAGUGAGAGAUUUAAGGGGAUUGAGGGUGUUAGAGGAUGGAGAGUCAGAACAAGACAGUAACCCGGGUGAAGGAGAAGAUGUGGGCUGAGGGAACGGCCGCGCGCGGAGCCUUUCAUCAGAGCGAUAUCAAAGCGCACGGCAGCUGAACCUGGAGGGAGCUGGAAGUGCUUAUUCUGACAGCUGGGCAGCACUGAGGGAAGCACUGCUUCCAAGGUGUCAGCUGGUGUGAGAACAGGAGGUGUGUCUGUGCAAGGGAAAAUGGUUUCACCAGGACAUGGCUGGAGAUGCAGUCGCACGUUUGGACUCCAACCAGGUUCACGUUCCCCUGGCCUGGGGGGCUUCAGGUCCCAGCGCUCCCAGCUGCCCUUGGCUCCUGUCAGCAAUGCAGAGGGAGCCGUUCCCAAGGCUGGCAUUCCCAGUGACAUGAAUCUGGUGGUGUGAGGGCUGAUGUAACCUGCACCAUCAGCACCUUUCCCAGGUACCUCUACGUAAGAUGCGCCCUUCCAUGCGGAGGUGCAGAGCUUUGAUGUGGCCAUGUUCAGCUCAGGCUGAACCAAACCCAGAUUCUGCAGGUUCAAUUAGCUGUAGGUACAGCAAAACUCAGUGUGCUAAGGGGAGUUUUUUUAUUUUUAUUUUAUUAUUUUAUAUUUUAUUUAUUUAUAUUUUAAUUUUAUUCAUUUAAUUUCAUUUCAUUUUUCUCGUAUGCUUAAAUGGCAGCUCAGGAAGCACACAUUCUUCAAUUCUUACAUGAAGAAUACAAAGAAAAAAUUUACACUAGCAGUGGGAAGUGCUGACUAAGCAGAAUGUAUCUUCCCUGAGUAGUAAAAGUGUCAACUGUCAAAGUAUGAUUUCCACAAAAAUAAAUGUGCUUUGGUAUUUUGAGGGGGAAGCCCUAAACUUCGUGUUUCUAUUUAUUUUCAUGGCAAUGGAAACCACUUCAUAGAGCAGCCCCCAGCCUGGUGGUGGAUGUGGGCUUUGGGGGACUGUUCUUGUGUUACAGUCACCAGUGUAAGUUUUGAGCUAGAGGGAUUAAUUAAAAAUACCAUUAUGGCAAUUGUAUAGAAUUUUCUGACUGCCCCCUGUACAAAUUAUAUGACUUUAACUUUCU